AUGCAAGUCGAUCUCUCCGCGUUCUUUAGUGCUCACGAGGUGCUCGUGGAUUCCAAUGGCGCCGAGGUCGCAGUGGCACGGGCGUUCGCCGCGGCGGCCAACACAACACACAGGGCACACCGACACGCUACCGCACCCGAGUACGUGGCGGUGGCGCUGACAGUGCACUCCAAAGAAGCGUGCUGGAGCCGGCGACUGAAGGACGUUGUGCUGCGCUGCGUGGACCGCGCGACGGGGCGCGUGUACCCGCCGCUGGAUGUCUUGCAGUACAUCAGCAACGAUUCCCCUGCGUUUGUAUCGGGUGACGAGGGGACCGCAGAAGGAGCUGUUCGCGUAGUUUUCAGCGUACGCCCCUCCGCCGCCUUCGUGUCCUCUCCUCAGCGAAAACAACAUGCGGUGGAAGGUGAAGUCAUGCAGGGCGUGGAGCUGCCAGAGCUGGAGGACGCGGCCGCCGUUACGGCUGCCGCCUCUGAGGUCAUACAGAACACGAUAUCGGACAUGGACUUGUGGUACCGUGCGCGUGCGGCGCAUCAACAGUACGACUCUAGCAUUCCCCUCGAGAGCAUCCAUCAACUGGCCGGCUCGCUGCUCGACGUGGACGGAGGUGGAGAGGAGGGCAGCGGCGGCGGUACGCAAGAUGCUGCGCUUCUGCAGGCCCGACAAAAGCAGCAAGAAGAGAAGCUGGAGCAGCUGCAGUGGCAGCUGGCGCGGUGGCUAACGGAGCUGUUCCUAAACGAAGGCGGCUGGGCACGUGCGCAAGGACCCUCAGCAUCGGUAACGACGUCGUUGACGAAACAGAAGAACAGCGAUGCCGCUGCACGACGCCUCUUUCACGGUCCGCUGCGUCUCGCUUUCCCUCACGUGGUGGACGCGGCACUCUUUUCUGGCCCGAUAGCGCGUCAGCAAUCCUCUCUCACGGCGGAGCUGCCAGCGGGAGCGGAGACCGUCCCACGACGCCAGCUGCACACGGAUGUGCGCGGCAUGGAGUGGGACGGCCUGCUGAUUGGCUACACGACGCGCUACGCGUACAUCGCCGUGCCGUACUUUGUGUCGGCUGCAGAGACGACGGUGAAGGCGACGGCGUCAGUGUCCUGCGCGACGGAGCCGGCCUGUGUGUGGAGUAUUGUGAGCCGCCUGCCCAUUCCAGCGUUUGCGCGUCGAGAAGCUUCCCGGCGAAUGUCUGAAGAUGGGGCAGAGGAAGCAAACGGCGUGCCACGCACUAAGAAACAGUACGGGGCCCAAAGGCCGAGUAAAGAAACGCGCAAACGCACGCAUACGGAUGCAGACGCGGAAGCGAGCACUGCCGCAUCGUUUCCUGAUCGCGCCAGCAGUCGCCGCAGCGAUGCCACCGUUGCCCAGACGGUGCUGUCGCGCUGCUUCAACGUUGAGGAGGCCAUGCGACACGACACGAACGCCGCGGCGGCAUUCCGCCUGACCGAUGUGCCGUACAUCGUGACGGUGCGCGCCCAUCGAGUGUACUGCGCGCGGGCUGACGUGACGAAGCAGCUGCCGUUGCCGCCGUCCAACGCGCAGACGACUUCCCUGUGCACAAAGAAGCCGCAUCCCGCUGCUUCACCGUAUAGGCUGUCAAUGAUAUUAGAAGACGCCUACGUGGUAGCGCAUCGACCCGCAGGCAACAGCGCCGACACGUCGGUGUCUGGUGCGGAUGGCUCGUUGCCACCGCCAUCGGCGACGCACUGGGCGGCCGCUCUCUUCGGUGUAGGGGCUGGAAGAGAGUCCUGUGCCGCGACGGCGUCAUCCCUUGCGCGUUCGUUGCACACCUUUCCGGAUGUGGUGAGUGUGGUGCGGGAGAGCUGUCACCGCUUUGUCCGCUCGCACGAGCGCUUCUGCGCCACGUACACGCGCUGCCUCGAAGUAAAAAGACUGCAGGUAGCUCAGCAGUCGCCCACCCCCCAGCAGCCGCCUUCGGCGACAACACAUGGGGGUAGCAAGGACAAGGCGCCAUCACCUCAAGAGAGCGCCGACGAAGCGGCGAGGGGGUUGGAGCAGACUGAGCAGAGCGAGCUGCCGUCGCCGGCGGUGGCUGCUCAGCAGCUGCGUCUCCUACGCCGUGCCGAAGACGUCUACGCCUCCAUCGCCGACUCGAUGUCUGUCCACUACAAGAAGCUUCGCGGCGCGUCACGGGUGGCAAUCCCCAGCGUGCACACCAGCGCCGAUGUCCCUGCGUUGGAGGAGAGCAACAACGUCGAGUUCAAGGCGAAAGUUGGUCUUACCCAGUCGAGCGCCGAAGCGUUUUCCUCGUCUUCUUUCUAUCCUUGUGUCGGAGGGGGACGUGGACGCGGUCGACAGGCCAGCACGAUGGACACGGAGCGCCUGCGCAACACCAUCGCUGCCAUGGCGGCGUGCCGCGGCGGCCUCAUUUUGAUUGGCGUCGCGGACGACGGCCACAUUGUUGGCCACGCGAAGCAGCUGGAGGUGGGCAAGCACCUGCGCACCUCGGGCUUCUGUCCGGCUAUGGUGAAGGAUGCCGUGCAGGUGAAGGAGCUGCGGUGGCUGGAGAAGGCGAGGGAAGAUGCCACCGCCGUGUUGGAUGCUCCAGCGAAGCGCGCCAUGCCGGAGAACUGGUGGAAAACGCACGGCGCCAACUCCACCGCCGGAUCGGAUGCAUCUUCCUCGCUGAACAAGGCGGAGAGAGCUGCCGCGGACCGGGUCAUCACCGUGAUCAGCGUGGAAAAGGGGCAGGCGCCGUUUUACGCGACUUCGAAAAACACACCGCCGUACCAGCGCGGGUGUGCGAGUACGGUGGUGAUGCCGACCGUGGUGCUGGCGAGGCGGCUCAUGAAGGAGCUCGCUUGA